GCUCUGUUGAGCGUAGUAGCCAUGCUCACUAGGCAUGCUUCAAGUGGUUAUCAGCCAUGUGGGACUAGCGGUUAUUACAUUUGAUAGUACAGAGGAACUUCUCUGUCAUCACACAACAUUCUGUUAAAACAAGCAGGAGGCAAAUGGUGCACACACCUAUAGUCCCAGCACUUGGGAGGCAGAGGCAGAUGGAUCUCUGAGUUCAGGGCCAGCCUGGUCUACAGAGUGAGUUCCAAGAUAGCCAGGACUACAAAGAGAAGCCCUUGUUUCAGGAGGGGAAAAAAGUUUUGUUAACACAAACCCAAAUACCUGACUUCUGAAGACCACUGCUUGAAAUUAUACAAGCAAUAUUUAGUUUAUUUGGAGAGACAUAUAAUUUGGGUCAGAAUUUCCACGCUUAACUUAGUCCUUUUUUUUCUUCAAAUGUUUAUAGGGCCCAGCCCUAGAUAUGUUACCCAACAACAUAUCUUAGAACUGAUAUAUUGACAAGUAUCUGGGGAGUAGAACAUGAUUUACGUGUAAAUUAGUUGGGGUUUUUCUUGAAUUUUUUUUUCUAAGCAGUUCUGAUUUCACAAAGCCCUCCAGCAUGUUUCUUAGCAAAAAGUAUGGGAAAAUUAAAUUACUUUGAAACUCAUUACUAGUUUGUAUUUAUAAAGGAAAACUCAACAAAAUAGAGUGAGGUUGUAGUAGUAAUGGUGCCACGAAGUAUUUCACCUGGAUGGAAUCAAAGUCUUGGAUUUCUAGUACCAGCCAAAAGGGACAUUUGAAUACCAUUCUCUUAAGUAUUAGAUAAGAUUAGAAAAGUCUAUCAGAUACCAGAUUAAAAUCCUGAAGGAGUUAACUGGGUAUGUUUGAGCAUAACAUACUUAAAAAUGUUUGUUAUGUAACGACUUCGACUAAAGUUAAAGAGUUUGUUAUUUUAGACAAGUCGACUUUAAGAGAAGCUACUGAUCUAAUGUUUUAUGUUGGUGUUUACUAAAAUAGGCCUAGCUGAAUUACACUAUCACUUCCCAAGAUUUUUACACUCAACAUGUUAUUUAAUAGUACCUUUUUUUUAACUUUGCACCAACCUCGUACUAUUAUCUAAUACACCUAAGUGUGUUGAAGUUGAUUUGAUUCAAUUUGUUAUAAUUACUAAACUCGAAGUGACAGCCUAGUGAGAAAGCCAAGGAGGCCGGGCAGUUUGAAGGCUCUCCGCAGCGCACACUCAGCUGUCUCUAGAGGCCUGCAGAGAGACCUACUCAAACUGCCUGGCGGCUUUCAUGUUUUCCUAGCUGUGUAUCAGCGGCCAGUUCUCCGGCAGCCCUGGCAGGUCUGAGUGCACACCCACCAGGCUGAGGCCCGCAGGCAGGGAGGGUGACGACAGGCGGGGCGGCCACGGUCAGAGGGAGGGGCUGCGCCCCGGGUUCUGUGACUGCGCCGCCGGCCCGGCUCGCCUAGGCUCCCGGGAUGCGUGGAGGCGGCGGCGAUGACGGUGAUGACUCUAGCCCGGCAGCAUCCAGGCCACCGGGCGCAGAUAGGGUCGAGCAUCCAGGCCACCGGGCGCAGAUAGGGUCGCUGCUGCGACAUGGAGGAGGAAGGGCGGCGCUGCGGCCAGCUGGCAGGCUUAUCUUCCUCCGCCAUACAUGCCCAUCGUCUGUGAGCUGAGAUCCUGACUCUCUUCCUGCUGAUGUUUUUAAAACACAAGAGACACUUCUCUGAAGAUGAAUUCAAGUGCCCCGCUUCAGAAUGUUCCCAAUGCCACCUUGCUAUACACACCUCCCCUGCAGGGAGGAAAUAACACUUCUCUCCAGGAGGGUCUUCGAGAUUUUAUCCACACAGCCACCUUGGUGACCUGCACGGUCCUGCUUGCCAUCAUCUUCUGUCUAGGCUCUUAUGGAAAUUUUAUUGUCUUCUUGUCUUUCUUUGACCCGGCCUUCAGAAAGUUCAGAACUAACUUUGAUUUCAUGAUCUUGAACCUGUCUUUCUGUGAUCUGUUCAUCUGUGGGGCCACAGCCCCCAUGUUCACCUUUGUGCUGUUCUUCAGCUCAGCCAGGAGCAUCCCAGACAGUUUCUGCUUCACCUUCCACCUUACCAGCUCAGGUUUCAUCAUCAUGUCCCUCAAGAUGGUAGCUGUGAUUGCCCUGCACCGGCUCCGGAUGGUGAUGGGGAAGCAGCCUAAUUGCACCGCUUCCUUUUCCUGCAUCUUGCUCCUUACCCUUCUUCUCUGGGCCACCAGCUUUACACUUGCCACCUUGGCUACACUGAGAACCAGUAAGUCCCACCUGUGUCUCCCCAUGUCCAGUCUUAUGGACGGGGAAGGGAAGGCCAUUCUGUCUCUGUAUGUUGUUGACUUUACCUUCUGUGUGGCCGUGGUGUCUGUCUCUUAUAUCAUGAUUGCUCAAACCCUUCGGAAGAAUGCCCAAGUAAAAAAGUGCCCCCCUGUGAUCACAGUUGAUGCUUCCAGACCACAGCCAUUCAUGGGGGCCUCUGUGAAGGGAAAUGGAGAUCCCAUCCAGUGCACCAUGCCAGCUCUGUAUAGGAACCAGAAUUAUAACAAACUGCAGCACAAUCAAACUCAUGGAUACACUAAGAAUGCCAACCAGAUGCCAAUCCCCUCAGCCAGUCGGCUCCAGCUGGUAUCAGCGGUCAACCUCUCUACUGCCAAGGAUUCCAAAGCUGUGGUCACCUGCAUGGUCAUCGUGUUGUCGGUUCUAGUGUGCUGUCUUCCUCUGGGGAUUUCCCUGCUGCAAGUGGUUCUGUCUGACAGUGGCAGCUUCAUCCUUUACCAGUUUGAGUUAUUUGGAUUUACUCUGAUAUUUUUCAAGUCAGGAUUAAAUCCUUUUAUAUAUUCUCGGAACAGUGCUGGGCUGAGAAGGAAAGUGCUCUGGUGCCUGCGAUACACUGGCCUGGGCUUCCUCUGCUGCAAACAGAAAACUCGACUUCGGGCCAUGGGGAAAGGGAACCUUGAAAUCAAUAGAAACAAAUCCUCCCAUCAUGAGACAAACUCUGCCUACAUGCUGUCUCCAAAACCACAGAAGAAAUUUGUAGACCAGGCUUGUGGCCCAAGUCAUUCAAAAGAAAGUGUAGCAAGUCCCAAAGUCUCUGCUGGACAUCACCCCUGUGGGCAGAGCAGCUCGACACCCAUCAACACUCGGAUUGAACCUUACUAUAGCAUCUAUAACAGCAGCCCGUCCCAGCAGGAGAGCAGCCCAGCAAACCUGCAGCCAGUGAACUCUUUUGGUUUCGCCAGUUCCUACAUCGCCAUGCACUAUUACACCACCAAUGACUUGAUGCAGGACUAUGACAGCACGUCGGCAAAACAGAUCCCUAUCCCUUCUGUUUAAUACAGCCAGAGAAUCUGGAGGGAAUGGUUUUCUCUCUGGACUGAACAAACCUUUAAAAGAGCUUGAGUUCCAUGGCAAAACAAAACCUGGAAUCAACUGAAGACUUGACUUUCUUUCACCUGAAGUAUUAGUAUCCGGGUUGGCUUCAUGGUUUCUUGACAUUUUAAGAUUUAGUGUAAAAGUUUAGUUCAAUUUAUACUCUGACCCAUGUCCCAAUACUUUAUACUAAACUGCUAAAAAGAUGUCAGGGACUAUUCUAUUAAUGACACCCUUUUAAGUCAGUAUUAUGGGAUUUUAGAUAUGUAUUGACUACAUUUUCUUUCUUUCCACUAAUUUAUUUAUUUAUUCACUUUACAUCCCGAUUGAAGCCCCACCUCUCCUCCCAGUACUCCCUCUCAUGGUCCCUCUCCCAAUUUCUCCUCCCCUUUAUUUCUGAGGAGGAGGAGGUCCCUCCUGGGGAAACAACCUUCCUCAAGUCACUGAAGGACUAGGUACAUCCUCUGCCACUGAGGCCAGACGUGCUAGCCCAAUUAGGAGCAGGAUUCACAGACAGGAAACAGUCAGGGACAGUCAGCACUCUACUCAUUGGGGGACCCAUAUAAAGACCAAGCUGCACCUCUGUUACAAAUGUGCUGGUGGGCCUAGGACCAGCCUCUUUGGCUAGUGGUUCAGUACCUGGGAGCCUUCAAGGAUCCAGGUUAGUUGGUAUUCUGAAGGAGUACCUGUUCCCUCCAGGUUCCUCUAUCCUUUCUCCAACCCUUCCACAAGACUUCCCAAGCUCCAGUCUAAUGUUUGGCUGUGGGACUGCAUUUGUUUCUGUCAACUGCUGUAAUUUGGCUACAUUUUUAAAAUGGUGUUUGAAAAAAAUUAUCUUUCUGAAGUGUUAUUUUUAUAAAAAUAUGGAAUUAGUGUCUUUGAAGUACUGAAACAGCAAACAGUGUACUUUUUUGGUGGCAAGUGGUUUAAAUAAAAAACUUACUGUUAAAACAGAAAAUAGCAAUGUGUUACCUGUACCUCUGACCUCAUUAAAAUUCUCACUUCCCUUAUGAGACAGUAACCUAACAAUACAGAGCUAUAAUUCUUGUCACUUUUCCUAUACAGCAUUGUUCUAUGUGAGUUGAGUAUCUAGCUUUACAAAGUGUUUUUGGUAUCACCAGUUAAUUGCUGUUUCAGAAGAACCUUGCUUACUCCAGAAGCCUACACUAGUAGAAGAUUGUACUACAGUAGGGGGCACCAUUCCAAGAGAGCAGACAUGGUGUGUCAGCUUCAGCAGUUUGUCUGUGGAAGACAGGGUACAUUUUGAUCAUGCAUUCAACACUAGCUUCCUAGAGAUGCAAUUGAGAGGUUUGGUUUGGGCUUUCCUUGUUUACCUGACAGCAUUCACAUAGAUAUUCAGAAAUAGCAUUUUUUUAUUUAAAUAUUGCUAUGGAAAAUAAUUUCUGAAAUAUUAAUAGAUCUAUUAAUAUUUUCAGAGUGACGUUUUUAGGUUUUGGCUUUUUUCCCCAUUUUUUAAUGGGGCUGGAGCUUGAACCCAGGCUCACGCAUGUUAGGCAACCAAUUUACUGCUGAGCUGCAUCCCGAGCCCCAAAACUAAUUGUUUAAUACUCUCUCAUUAACAUUAAGCUGGAAAUGAGCAACUAUAUUAUUAUUACUCCUAAAACUAAUUUUUUUAGGUACUCUGGCUCCCAACGUAAAAACAUUUUCCUCAUGCAGUUAGGAUGUGAUCUCACUAGAAUUUUGGAAUACUAUGAGAUUCAAAAUAGGGUACCUUUACAAACUGUUGUAUCCAACUAUUAUUCUCAAAGCUCAGAAGUUCAAGGAACAGAAGGUGCUCAGCUCAGAGCACCCUCUCCCAGGCUCUGCCAGACUCCAGGAUCACAGGAGAUGCUGAGAGAUGGAGUAGCUCCUUAGCCAGAACUGGCCUAGCCUCCUGUAGCCACAAUGCCUUCUGAUGCACCCCAGUCAGGUCGGUUUCAGAGAUUUAACUGUGAGGACAAGAUUUUCAAAUUCACUUCUCUCCUUCUCUUCCUCUUUUUCUCUUCCUUUCUUUAUUCUUGCUAUAAAGUUUGAUAGCAUAUCCAUUCUCCUUUGUUUUGGUAGCUGGAUACUCUUUUUGGAAAUCACUCUUACCUAUUUCAACUGUGUUUUUAUAGAUUCAACACAGCAUCAUUUUUACCAAUACUCCCAUAAGAGAGAUAAAGUACAGAGCUCUUUCAAAAAAGAAUUAAGACAUUUAAAAUCCUCUCCCCAAAUUACUUAAAGAACUUUGGCAAAUUACCAUUAGAAUGUAUCUUAAUUGCAAACCUAGUAUUUAGUCCAGUAAAGCAAAUAAUUUUGUAUUCAACAACAAGGUCAUUUACACUUUAAAAGUGUACAUCUCUGGGUCUUGGGAGAUGGCUAAGAGGUUAAGAGCACUUGUUCUUUUAAAGGACACAGGUUCAUUUCCCAUGUGACCCACCAUAAUGCACAGUGAUACAUAGACAUGCAUACAGGCAAAACACCUGCAUACAUAAAAUAAAAUUAAAUCUUUAAAAUAUUUGAAAAUAUGCAUCAUAAAAAGGUAUGUAUCUCUUUUAAGGGAGAAUUACUACCUAUAAAAUUUUUAAUAUUAACUUUGUUGUGUGACCUGUUUGACCAGCACGGGGCCCAUCUUUGAUAAGUAAAAAUCAUAGCAUAAAGAAGACAGAGCAUAUACAUAGAAAGUGUUCAGUUUCUUUGUCUUCAUUGAAGAAAUUAUUGAUUUGAUUUUCAUGAAAUACAUUGUGGGCUAGAUUCUUGACUGCCCUCCCAUCUGUAUAUAAAGAUGUAACUUGUUUCUUCAUAAGCUAUAUAUGUCUGUCUAUAACAGUAUACUCACAAUAUUGAUAUAGGUAGACAUAUAUAACUUUUAUCCUCAUAAGGGCUAAAAAUUAUAACUCAGAGUAAUGAGAAUUUAAUUGAAUAUGAUUAAUGUGCAGGAAACAUUAAUUUUUUCUCUUAAUGCUUACUGUAUGCAAAGUAUGUGUCUCUAAAACAUUUAAUAAGUGUUCUUAUGUUAAUCCUUAGGCCAAAUUUUUAUUUCUGAUGUUUUAAUGUACUUUAAAAAUAAGUUUGGAAAAUAAAAAUAUUGAAAAUCCCAA